GUGCAGGUAUAAGGAGCCGUUCUCCUCCAUGACCAUACUUGGAGCGAGCGUAUGGGCGAGGUCACCUGCCUGCACACGGCACUCACCAGAAACUACCUGCUGAAACUCAUUCCUCCAAUUUAACCGACAAUCAAGAGAGCACACAUUUGAACAAGGAGAGACUUUUCCCCCCCAUCUACGCGUAAACUGAUUACUUUUUACUGUUGGUGGAACGACAAUUCUGAAAUUAUUCAAAACAAAUGGGGGCCUUUUGGUUCGUGGAGUUGGGGGUAUUAACAUUGUUUCUCCAGGCUUUCAAUCCAGGGACGUCGGAGGAGUCAAAAUGUAUACCGGGUUUCAAUUCAGAAAUGUACAUUUUCAAAGUAGAAAGAAAUCACUUACAAAGUGGCCGGAGACUAGGAAAAGUGGUUUUUGAUGACUGCACCAGCCGCACCAGCUUUCUCUUUCACUCCGAGGAUUCACGCUUCAAAGUAGAUGGCGACGGGACGCUGAAACUGAAGAGGGGGGUGACUCUGCAUAAUGGACAUAAGGAGUUUUAUGUCUCUACCCAGUCCAAGGGCAAGAAGAUCACGGUUCCAGUCAGAGUGCUGCAUGAGGCCAGACAUGGCCAUCACCAUGAGAUGACCACCCAGCCCCAGCCCGGAACAAGUCUGUCUCUGCCUGUUCUGAACUUCCCCAAGUCUUCAGGAGGUCUGAAAAGAAGGAAGAGGGACUGGGUCAUUCCUCCCAUCAACUUCCCAGAGAAUGGCAGAGGCCCCUUCCCAAAACAUAUGGUGCAGAUCAGGUCCAACAAUGAUAAGGAGGUGAAGAUCCUGUACAGCAUCACUGGUCCUGGGGCUGACCAACCUCCUGUGGGACUCUUCACUGUGGACAAAAACUCGGGGUUUCUCUAUGUGACCCAGCCUUUGGACAGGGAGAAAAAAGACAAAUACGUUCUCCUAGCCCAUGCUGUUGCAGUGGGUGCAGGUAAGGCUGAGGCACCCAUGGAUAUCAUUGUGGAAGUCAUCGACCUGAAUGACAACAAACCUGUAUUUACCCAAAAUCCAUUUACGGGAACAGUCCCUGAGGCAUCAAAACCAGGUGAUGAGGUCAUGCAGGUAACAGCCACUGAUGCUGAUGAGGAGGGCUCUGCCCAUUCUGAUGUCAGAUACACCAUUCUCAAACAGGAGCCUUCACUACCAAGCCCCAACAUGUUUGUCAUCAACCCUGUGACCGGAAUGAUUCGGGUUAACGCAGCUGGGUUGGACAGAGAGAAUAUUCUUAAAUAUACUUUGGAAAUCCAAGCUGCCGAUUUGGAAGGAAAUGGCCUUACCAGCUUUGGCAAAGCCAUCAUUACAGUAACGGACAGCAAUGACAAUGCGCCACAGUUUGUGACGCCUUCGUACACUGUGUCAGUCCCAGAGAAUAAAGUGGAUGCCUUGGUGGUGAAAAUGCCAGUGACUGAUGGGGAUGAUCCUCACUCCUCUGCCUGGGCCACCACCUUCAAGAUAGUUGACGGGGACCCUCAAGGCCUUUUCAAUGUGAGCACAGGCCCUAGCAAGCUGGAAGGCAUCAUCACGACAGCAAAGCCGCUUGACUUUGAGAAGAACAACAAGUACACUCUGCUGGUCACUGUGGCAAAUGAAGUCCCAUUUGCCGUCCCCCUGCCCACCUCCACUGCCACUGUUAUAGUGAAUGUGGAGGAUGUGAAUGAAGCUCCAGUCUUUAGUCCAGUGGAGAAGAUGAUCAAAAAACCUGAGGACCUCACUGUUAACAGUGACCUGGUUCUGUACACAGCCACAGACCCAGACACUGCAAGGAAUCAGAAAGUCACAUACAAGAUACGCAAUGAUCUUGCUGGAUGGCUCAGUAUCGACAAAGACACUGGGCUGAUCAAAGUCAAGAGCCUCAUGGACAGAGAAUCUACUUUUGUCCAAGACAACAAAUACUCUGUUGUUGUUCUGGGCACUGACAACGAUGAAAUCCCAGCAACUGGCACUGGCACCCUUAUCAUAGAGCUGGAGGAUGUGAAUGACAACCCUCCAACCAUCGACGAGAGGAUGAUUAAGGUCUGCAACAAGGAGUCCUCCCCACAGCUGCUGUCAAUCACUGAUAAAGACGGAGCGGGCUUCGCUGCUCCAUACACAGUACAGCUUCAGGGGUCGUCCCUUUCGAACUGGACUGCCAGAAUGAAUGACACAAAAACGGGCAUUAUCCUGACACUGAAGACUGUGUUGGACAGUGGAGAUUACACGGUUGUCCUGAGAGUGUCUGACAUCCAGGGCCUGCACCAGGAGAGCACCAUCCAGGCCUCUGUGUGUGACUGCAAAGGAGCUGAUGUCCAGUGCAUCGAUAAAGCUGUAGCAGGCUUCGGCCUCUCUAGCAUUCUGGGAAUUCUAGGAGCCAUUUUACUACUCCUAUUGUUGUCUCUUCUGCUGCUCAUGUUCCUGAGGAAGAGAGGUGGUGAAAAGAAGGAGCCUCUGCUGCAGGAGGACGAUGUCAGGGACAACAUCUACUACUACGACGAGGAGGGAGGUGGCGAGGAUGACCAGGAUUUCGACUUGAGUGUUCUGCACAGAGGUCUGGAUAACCGUCCUGAUGUUUUCCGUAAUGACAUCGCUCCAACCAUGGCCCGGCCAGAGUAUCGCCCACGACCCGCCAACCCAGCCGACAUUGGCAACUUCAUUGAUGAUAACCUGAAGGCAGCUGACAACGACCCCACUGCUCCUCCCUACGACUCCCUCCUGGUGUUUGACUAUGAAGGAGGUGGCUCUGAGGCCGGCUCCCUCAGCUCCCUCAACUCCUCCAGCUCAGGAGACGACCAGGACUACGACCUCCUUCAACAGUGGGGCCCGCGCUUCAAGAAGCUGUCUGACAUGUACGGAGGAGGAGAGGAUUGAGAAGUCAGUCAGCUUCUCAACCUUUCUGCUUGGAAAGUGUCUGGUUCUCCACACUUGGGUCUGUAGGCUGUAGACACUUUCUUACUUUAUAUUUCCCCUUGUGUGUUUCGGGCACAUUUACAGUUUGAUUUGUGCAGAUGUGGGAACAUUUUAGAGAACUGUCUUCAAUGCUCGUCUUCAGCAUGGGGAGGGUGGCACACUCUUGGCUCUGCACUGGCAGGAUGUUGACAUGGAUUUUACACAAUUCAGCAGUGCUUUCUAAUGGACUCUUAACAACCCCAGAUUGUACUUGAAUUUAAUAUGCAUUGUUUGCUGGUUCUUGCUUCCAUGUUGGUGUCGUAUCAUAACGUUUCUAUAAAGACUAUACUUUGGCAUGAAAUGUAAGUUACUUGAAAUCCAAAUCAGCCUUAGGAUUUUUUUUGUUAACUGAGAUGAAUUAUCAAGCUCAAAUGCUUUUUAAAACAUGUAAGUUUGGGUGUUUGUAGUCCUUUUCAUUUUAAUCAUAUUAAAUGUUAAUUUUUUUCUUUGUAUUUGCUUCUGAAGAAGCACACUUGUGAAUUCUGUUUUUUAUAAAGGAUAACCCUUUGGUACAUUGAUGGCCAUGUGAAUAGUGUUAUUAAAUAAAUUACAUGUCCGUU